CUGGUGGUGCAACAAAACUUACUAGAAGUGGUAAGGACCACGUGGCCUUCGGUGCUGGCAAAGUCGUGUCUGGAGGAUCGCAAGAGCAGCACCAGGCGAGUUUAGGAGCGUCUAAGGGUGGAGGUCGCGGGAUAGUGGCAAACAGGUUAGGCAAAGCUUCUAUGCGUUCGCCGCGCUCAAGUAAACGAGCCGACAGGAGAUCGCCGUCUACGAAGCGAAAGAGCUUCCGUGGCCGAAAGCUGCUACAGCAGAGUCCGGUGCUAAACCGCUAUUGGGCAAGUGUCGACGAGUCGGGAACCGCCACAGCGGCGCUGCUGGAAGCAGCAAAGGCUGUCGGCGGAGGCAGUCCGCACUUGCGUCAUGCGACCACGGCAUGUCCGAAGCAAGGGGUAGAGCGAAUGAGCCUGCA